AUGGAUGACCUUGCUCUCGACCCCGAUCAUGUUGAGAAUUCCUCGCUCCGGCCUAAAUCUACGGGCAUGAGAGGACUUCUUGACAUCCCUCAAGCUCAAGAGAGGAUACAAGAGGUGGAAGGGACAUACAACAUACCCCAGAUUGGCCUAUUCGUCUUCUCGAAGGUCGAAGUGCCAGAGAAGUUUAAGAUGCCUAACUUUGAGAAGUACGAUGGCACUUCCAAUCCAGUUCAAGAUAUCCAGAUGUAUCAGGCUAUGAUGAAUAAGUAUGUAGCUAAUGGCCCUUUGAUGGUCCAAACUUUUCAGGCUAGUCCGAAAGAUGCAGCCAUGAGAUGGUACACGGAUUAUGAGGUUUACCGGAUGGAAGACUGGGAGAAAGUAGCCAAUGCAUUCAUCAAGCAUUUUAAUUUUAAUCUGGACAUUGUCACUUCUAGGGAAGAUUUGGAACAGGCAGAAAUGAAGAAGGGCGAAACAAUUAAGCAGUAUGCCACCAGGUGGAGGAAUAUCAUAUCGCAGCUAAAACCAAUGCCGCCCGAACCGGAACUCAUGAGAUUGUUUGUCUCUACCCUUCCUCGGGCUAUGCGGUCUUGCAUCCUUGGAACCGUGGCCACCUCGUUCAGUCAUCUCAUUUUGAUGGGUGAAGAAGUAGAGAUUGGAUUGAGGAAAGGAUGGUACGACGAACCUAGUUCUUCCGGGAAGCGAAUUGCUAGCAAGAGAGAUAAGGAGCCAUCCACCGAGAUCAACAUGGCUUACACACAGCAUGCUCCGGCUCAAAUCCCCAACAUACAGAUUGCCGCUCUACAGCUAACUAGCCAUGGUCGCUAG